AAAGAAAAAUCCCGUUAUGUUAUUCGAUUCCUAAGCAUGGCGGACAACAUCGAAAAUGAUGAAAAGGAAAUUGGAAAAGGACACAUACUUGAAGAAUUCAAAGAAAUUAUUGAAAUCAAAGGACUGAUAGACAAUCUGAAAGAUAUAUAUAAAGACCAGGUAGCAGUUGAAACCACUGUCGAGAGAUUUACAUUUAUUGUUGACAAGUACCAAGAACAGCCUCAUCUAAUAGAUAGACAUUUAGAAUCGUUGAUGACACAGCUGUUAGAGAUCAUAAGAAAUCCUUCAUCACCAAACCCACUGAUCCAUUUAACCUUCAAAUGUCUGUAUCUUAUAACAAAGAUGAGAGGUGCAAAAGUCAUUGUUAGACUGUUCCCACAUGAAGUUGCUGAUGUUGAACCAGUCAUAGCUUUAUUAACAGCACAAGAUCCUAAAGACUAUGAGAACUGGGAAACCCGAUAUGAGUUAUUACUUUGGAUGUCCAUGGUCAGUAUGAUACCAUUUGAUAUGGUCAGACUGGACAGUAAUGUGACCUCAGAGGAUGGAAAGAGAAGGAAACCAGCCAUGGAUAGGAUAUUAGAUCUGGCUAAACUAUACCUUACAGUGAAUGAUAAAUCCCGAGACGCAUCAGCAUACUUGGCUUCCAGAUUCAUGACCAGACCAGAUGUACAGAGGGAAAAGUUACCAGAUUUCUUAGACUGGAGUUUACAGAUGCUCCACACAGCUAAUAUUGAAACCAUGAUGGGAGUCAACUGUGCUAGUGGCACCCUACGAGUUCUGUCUUUAUUGUUUAAACAUGGAAAACGAGAGGAUUUACUGAAGUAUGCUCCUGUUGUGAAAAAGAAAGUGGAAGAAUUAAAAAAGAAAGAAACUAAUGAUACAUUAUUGAGAAAAUCUGUGAUAAAGGUCAUACAGAGGUUAGGUCUAACAUUCCUCAAAAACAGAGUAGCUGCUUGGAGGUAUCAGAGAGGCAGUCGUUCAUUGGCUGACAAUUUGUCCACUACCUUUGAUAAGAACAACUCUCAGCAGUUUGUGGGCGUGGCUAAAGAUGAUGAAGAUGAGGAAUAUGAUAUUCCAGAUGAAAUAGAAGAUGUUAUUGAACAUCUACUUGGAGGCCUACGUGAUAAAGAUACUAUUGUUAGAUGGUCAGCAGCCAAAGGAAUAGGAAGAAUAACAGGGAGGUUACCGAAGGAACUAGCUGAUGAAGUGGUUGGAUCUGUGUUAGAACUGUUUACAAUUCAAGAAUCCGAUGGGGCCUGGCAUGGGGGUUGUUUAUCUUUAGCUGAGCUUGGAAGAAGGGGUUUACUCCUGCCACAAAGACUCCCUGAUGUUGUACCAGUUGUACUGAAAGCUUUAGACUAUGAUGAAAAGAGAGGGAAUUUUUCUGUAGGAGCACAUGUUAGAGAUUCAGCAUGUUAUGUGUGUUGGGCUUUUGCAAGAGCAUACGACCCACAGGAGAUAGCCCCUUAUGUCAAUGAUGUGGCCAAUGCCUUGGUAAAAGCAUCAAUAUUUGACAGAGAAGUCAAUGUACGGAGAGCAUCAUCUGCAGCUUUUCAAGAAAAUGUUGGUCGACAGGGGACCUUCCCACAUGGAAUAGAUAUUUUAACCAUGGCAGAUUACUUUGCAGUAGGGAACAGAAAUCACUGUUACUUAGAGCUGAGUAUAUUUGUGGCCAAGUUCCCAGAAUACACUAAAUCUAUGAUUGAUCAUCUGGUAGAUAUGAAAAUAAGUCAUUGGGAUGGUAUAAUAAGAGAUCUAUCAGCACAAGGUCUCCAUAAGUUAACCAGUUGUAGUCCUGACUACAUGGCAAGUCAAGUAUUACCCAAAAUGUUGCCCAUGACAACAGGUAUAGAUCUGUAUUUGAGGCAUGGAGCUAUUUUAGCAGUGGCAGAAAUCACACAUGCUCUGUCAAAAGUUUCAACAGCAAAGGGCAAAAAAAUUGAAGAUGUAAUUAGUAAAGAUGUGAUCAACGGUUUGAAGAACAUUGCUGUCAAGUUGACUGAAGCUAAGAUGUUUAGAGGUUAUGGAGGUGAUUUUAUGAGAAGAUCAGUUAGCUGUUUGAUAGAGAAGUUAUCUUUGUCUAAACUACCAUACUAUGAUGACCCUGUAUUAGAUCUGUGGCAGAAUAUUUUAGAUGAAUGCCUUGGAAGUAUUGAUCCAGAUAAUAUUAACCAGACUGCUGCUGCUUCAGCUAUCCCAGCAUUCUUCACAGAAUAUUAUAAAGAUAAAAAUGGUGGUGUAAAUACUAAGAGACAAGAAACUGUGAUAGAGAAAUAUUUACAUGAAUUAAAGAGCCCAGUGGAAACAACAAGAAUGGGAUUUGCUCAGGCAAUAGGAGCCAUGCCAGGUUUCUUCAUAAAAGGAAAGUUACGCAGAGUUUUACAAGGUUUAAUGAAAGUUACAGAAAUAACAGAAAAGGAAAUGACAUGGGCAGAAUCACGAAGACAAGCUUUAAAAGCUCUGAUUAGCAUAUGUAACACAGUUGGAGUGGAUCCAAAUGGCAGCUCCUCAGAUGUGAUAUGUAAAGAAAAUUUACCAGAAAUUUACGAUACAUUAUUUAUAGCCACAAGGGACUAUACAUUAGACAGUAGAGGAGAUGUUGGAGCCUGGGUUAGAGAGGCCAGUAUGACAGGUUUACAUGAUUUAACCUCCAUGGUUGUAAAUAAAGAUCCCUCACUACUGUCUUCACAAAUAUCCAGCAAUAUUUUCUGUUGCUUACUACAGCAGGCCUGUGAGAAGAUAGACCGAACAAGAUCACAUGCUGGUCUUAUAUUUAGUCAACUGUUAUAUCACAAACCUGAGAUUCCAAACAUACCACAUAGAGAAGAAUUAGAGAAGAUAUUUCCAAAAUCAGAAAUAGAAGACAUUAAUUGGGCUGCCCCAUCAGAUACAUUUCCACGGUUUUCUCAGUUGUUAGGUUGUGAAUCAUAUGCAUAUAAUGUCCUUUUAGGUUUUACUGUAAGCGUUGGUGGAAUCACUGAAUCUUUAGUAAAAUUUUCAAGUACUUCCAUGGAAACAUAUUUAAGAAAAAUACAGAAAGUUGAACAACAAUUACACAAGUUUACACAAGUAUUAAUACAGAUAUUUAAAGACUUCUUGAAAAAAGAUAGAGUAUCAAUUCCAUUGUUAAAGAUGUUGGACCAGUUAUUAUCUAAAGGUUCUUUUGAUGUCCUGGCAACAGAUACAAGCAACACAUUUCCUAUAGAUAUUUUUGAAUUAACCAAGAAGGAGAUUUUACGGAGUGGAGAUCCUCACAAACUUAUGGCCAGUGCUGACGUAUUUUGUGGAUUACUACAUUUUGGUGAAGCUACCAGAAAGAAAUCCUUGACACAGUUACUUAUUUUAGUCUGUCAUAAAUACCCAAGGGUGAGGAAAACUACAGCCAAUAAGCUGUAUGAAGCCUUGGUGACGUAUGAUGACGUAGUUCCUGAUGAAGUGUUAGACGAUGUUAUGACAAUGCUUAGUGAGACUGUCUGGGACAAUGAUUUGAGUGAAGUUAGAAAGAUAAGAAAUGACUUAUGUGAUAUGAUUGGAAUACUUAAACCUGUAGUUGUGAUAAAGUCCAAAACUAGUGAUGCUAAAACAGAAACUCCAGACAGAUGACACUUAGAAAUUUGAAAGAUAUAUUGUUCUGUAUGCGAUUGUGAUCUUUACAAAGAACAAACAAUGGCAAAAUGUCAAUAAAAAAGUCUUAAAUACCUGCUUAUGAUUAUCGUAGAACUGCAACAUUUGGUGGACAAUUAGAAACAUUAUUUAUGUAUAAUUUGUUAAUGUAUUUAUUGAUGUCUCUUUUUUUAUCAAAAGAUUAAAACCAAUAUACCAUAACA